AUGCCCUGGUAUAAAGGAUUGUUCAGAAGGAGCAGAAUGACAACAACAUUGACAAUAUUUUCAACUAUGUGUUGCAUAAUUGGACUAGUUUUGCUGUGUAACUAUACCUCUUUUCCUGUCAAUUUACCCUACGGUUCACAUCCCAGCAGCAUUACUUCACAAUGUCGACCCAAAACCAACAUAAUGUUUCUGAAAGUACACAAGGCAGGCAGCUCUACCGUUUUUAACGUGUUGGGUCGCUUCGUUAUCAACAAUAAACUGAAUAUGGCGAUUCCAUAUAAGAAAAAACAUACUGCUAGGUAUAAUUAUUUAGGCAAUAGUAGUUUUCUCACUAAAGACAUGGUUCUGCCUCUACCGGAAGGACAACGCUAUAACAUGUUCUUGAACCACGUAGUGUAUAACCGAACGUUUUUUGACAUGAUUUUACCGAGAGACACAUUUUAUCUCGCCAUUGUUCGCAAUCCAGAAGAACGGUUUUCUUCGGCUGCCAAAUAUUUUGGUCUUGUCCACAGACUUUCUACAUUUUCUAAAACACCUUUCGUUUUCGAACAAUUUUUAAAAGAUCCGAACAAAUUUGGAAAUACCGAUCUUGUUCACAAUCAAAUGGCUCAUGAUUUCGGUAUUCCCAAAACUCAAUAUAACAACCAAUCGUUUGUGGAGGAAUACAUUCAAAAACUGGACAGGGAGUUUAACUUGGUGCUGUUACUGGAUUAUUUUGAUGAAUCUUUGAUCAUGUUACGAAGGAAAUUGUGUUGGAGUUUAAAGGAUGUGCUGUAUUUAAAACAAAACUCGGCAUCGAAACCUAAAAAGAAAAUUGUAUUAACUGAAAGUGAUCGAAAUCGAUUGGAAGAAUUCCAGUUCGCGGACGUCAUGAUCUACAACCACUUUCAGACAAGAUUCUGGAAGGACCUAAAUUCGUUUGAAAUCGACAUUCACUAUGAAACAAACCAUUUCAAAGAUGUCCGACGGCGAAUGGAAUCGUUUUGUUCAAGUUACAUUCAAUCGAAAGAUAAGUUUAUAACAAUAGCAAAAUCCUUGUGGAAUAGUGCCUUUAAUAUUACUAUUUUUGAUUGCAAUAUUUUGAAUAUGAAAGAGUUACCGAUGUUAGAUAAAAUCACAGCUAAUCUUAUCCAGACAUUAAACACAUAA